ACGAAAAGCAGUUGUACCCUCAUCUGACGAGCCAUCAGCUCUAGCCUCCAGCCAGACAGCUUCAAGGCAUCCUGCUCUAGGUCAGAUUAUUCGUUAGACAACCCUGACAUGGAGACAGCCCCAACCUUCACCUUGCUGCUGUGCUCUGCCAUCCUGCUCUGUGGUGACUGGGCGUUGGGUGGGCCCUGCAUGCAGAGGCACUUGAAGCGCCACAAGAGAGAAUGGGUCGUCCCAGCACAAAAGCUCAAGGAAAACUUUGACUACACCGACAGGAAAUACGUUGCCAUAAUUCGAUCAGAUCUGGCGGAAAAGGGGGAGAGACUCUUCUAUACCCUGUUUGGCCCUGGAGCUAACAAGGAUCCUGUCAAUCUGUUCACUGUGGGAGAGAAUGACGGGCUUGUCCGCAUUAGAGGGAUUCUAGACCGAGAACAGAUACCCAAAUACACAAUGACUGGUGUGGCCAGAUUUCAAAAUGGCACAGUGGCGGAGGAAAGAAUUGACUUGAACAUUGAAGUGGUGGAUGAAAACGACAACCCACCUGUAUUUGACAUACAGGCGCCGGCCACUGUCAUAGAGUCCAGCCCUCCAGGGACAGUGGUUACCAAGGUAACUGCCACCGACGCUGAUGAGGCCAACUCUCUCCACUCCAAGAUCUUCUACAGCAUCACCAAGCAGGAGCCGACUGAUGGCGCCAUGCUUUUCAGCAUCGACAGGAACACAGGAUUAAUCUCUGUCAAGAAUCCAUCGAUUGACAGAGAGAAACACGAUUCUUACCUUCUGACCAUCAAAGGAACUGAUAUGGAUGGAGCAUCCAGUGGCAACACAGGCACAACUCAAGUGAAAAUUCAAGUUGUGGACAUCAAUGACAACCUCCCAGUUCUGGAGAAAGAUGAGUACUCUGGGAGCAUUACUGAGAACACAGUAGACGUAGAGGUCAUGAGGUUCCAGGCCCUGGACUCAGACCUGGACAAAACAGACAACUGGCUCGCUGAAUUUGAAAUCGUCUCCGGAAACGAAGACCAAAUCUUCAGCAUUCACACCGACCCCAGGACCAACGAGGGGGUGCUCACUCUUAAAAAGCCUGUUGAUUUUGAGUUGCAUCCUAACUUACAGUUAGGGUUGGUGGUGACAAACAAGGCACCUUUCGUUGGUGGGGCUGGGGGCGGUGGGGGCGGGGCCGGGGUUGCAGGUGGAACUGGCGGUGGAACUUGGGGUGGAACUGGCAGUAGCACUGGAACGGUCUCCAGUGGAGCAUCAGGGAGUAAGCCGGUAGUUGGAGGCGGUAAAAGAUACCCUGUGAAGAUUGCUGUGAAAAACCUUCCUGACGGCCCUGUGUUCAGGCCUGCAGUCAAGCCUUUGUCCAUAUCAGAAAGCCCAGGAGACAGUGUAUCUAAAGUGAUCGCUACUUACAAUGCCUUAGACGGAGACACUGGAGAACCAGCAGACAAUGUCCAAUAUGCUAAAGGUUUUGACCCCGACAACUGGCUGUCGGUCAACCCGGACACAGCUGAGAUCACACUCAACAAGCAGCCGGAUCGAGAGUCGCCGUACCUGGUCAAUGGGACAUACUACGCUAAGAUACUCUGCUUGACCAAAGACAUGCCCAUAAAGACAGCGACAGGAACCAUCGCUAUACACGUGGAGGACUCAAAUGACAACUGCCCCGUGCUAAUCAGCACGCAGGAAUACCUGUGCUCCGGCACGGAGCUGUUCAACGUCACGGCGAAAGAUAUAGACGCGAAUCCCAACGGAGCCCCUUUGAAAUUCACGCUGGUGUCUGAGGAGAGCAUGGGGGCGUGGAUGGUGGAGGAGAUAUCAGACACCAGCGCCUCUCUCAGGGCCAUGGAGCCCUUGUGGCCCGGCCUGUAUGACAUCACCCUCAUCAUACAGGACCAGCAGGGGCUGGCCUGCCCGGAACCUCAGCACCUCCUGUUACAAGUGUGCACCUGCUCCUCCUCCAACAACAGGACCUGUGGGGUCAAAGGUGCAGCCGGAGAGAUGGCGGGUUUAAAGGGGUCAUCGUCGUUCGGACUGCCGGGGAUCGGUAUCCUGGUGUUGGCGUUUCUGAUACUGCUGUUGAUGGGCCUUCUGAUGCUGACGUUUCCCUGUGGGGGCGGAGGAACAAUGUUUGUCGAGCUCCCCUUCGAGCCCAAACAACACCUGAUAUCCUACCACUUAGAGGGACAGGGGGAAGACAGGGAGGUGCCUCUGCUGUGCACCCCAUGGAUGAUCUCUGCCCCCCAGACAACCCCCAUGGGGCUGAAGGGGGCCAACACCACCAUGGCGGUUCACAACAUGGCUGCCGUGUCCAACAUGAGUGCCUUCGGAGGCACGUACCUUGACUAUGAGCAGACAGAAAUGGUGGAGGUGGAUUCCAUGGACAUGACCUGCUUCCAAGGUAUGGCGGUGCACAGCGUUGACCUAGACGACGCUCUUCCGGAUCGGAUCUUGGACGAUUACUACUCACAGAAGACAAGCUGUGCGGCACAGAACUACGCCCAGAAGGACAGCCUGUUGCUGUACGACUACGAGGGCCAGGGUUCUCCUGUGGGCUCAGUGGGCUGCUGCAGCCUCCUGGAAUCUGACAACGACCUCCAGUUCCUCAGUGACCUGGGGCCAAAGUUCAGGACCCUGGCUGAGGUCUGCACGGGUGAGAAGAUCCAGACCGAGUUCAAACCCAUAGUCUCCCCACCUCCGCCGCCUAGGCCCGCCGCCCUCCUCGCAUCCACCACCACCACAAAAGUGACAGUGGCUUCCAGCGCCGCCGUCGCCGCCCCCCCGCCCCCAGCGCCGGUGAAGCACGUGGAGAGCACAAUGGUGAAGGAGUCGGAACGUUCCGGAACCCUGAGGGAGGGCACGGCAGGUCAGAACCAGACCAUCCUGGUGCAGCAGCCUGUUCCUCUGUCUCCCCCUGCUGGUCAGACCAUCCUGGUGCAGCAGCCUGUUCCUCUGUCUCCCCCUGCUGGUCAGACCAUCCUGGUGCAGCAGCCUGUUCCUCUGUCUCCCCCUGCUGGUCAGACCAUCCUGGUGCAGCAGCCUGUUCCUCUGUCUCCCCCUGCUGGUCAGACCAUCUUGGUGCAGCAGCCUAUGUACUACAUCACCACCCCCAGUAUGCAGCCUAUGCACUACGUUGUGGAGCCACAGGUCCACAACACUGUGCUGGUGGCAGAGAGGCCCGCUGCCAACCUGCAGGGUAUGAUAGUGGUCAACGGACCCCAAGGAUUCUCUCCAGGCCUGGUUAUCCAAGGCAAUAGGGUCAUAUCAGAGACCUCAACCUCUGGCAUAAGAACGACCAGCCCUGUAAGCCCUACCAGGCCCACUAUCACCACUAACCCAGUGAUGAUGGCUCCAGGGAGCCCGGUGAUGAUGGCUCCAGGGAGCCCAGGCUGGGUCCAGGGCUCUGUGCCCACAGGUGGCUGGGCCACAGUAGGCAGCACCUCAGAUGGUAAAUAUAUGAUAGUGGAGAGGCAGGUCAGAACCGAAGCACAAGGCUCAAACCCAGGUGUUCCUCAGGGCACUCUGCCCAGAGGUGCAGUCCUGGUCCAGGAGGCUGUUCCCCCUCAUGGGGUUUUAGGCCCAGCAGCCCAGGGUGGUGUGCGUGGCAUUCUGCCAGGACACACCUUAACGGGGGGGGUGGGGCAAGUAGGGAUGGGGUUGGUUAGGGUGGUGCCGGUUGGUGUUGGACAGCCUAGAGUGGGGCAAGUUAUGUUAGGGCAACCAGGGGUGGGGCAAGUUAUGUUAAGGCAAGCAGGGAUGGGGCAAGUUAUGUUAGGGCAACCGGGGAUGGGGCAAGUCAGGGGGAUGCAGUUUGGGGAGGGGCAAGUUCUAGCAGGACAGACAUCAGUGAGGCAAGUUUUACCAGCAGGCGUUGUGCAAGCUGGGAUCAGUCAGGUUAGUGUGGGUCAGAUGACAACAGGUUUUCAGGGUGUCCCAGUCUGUGCCCAGCAGGGGCCCUUACUGAGAGGGGGCAUGACUGGUCAUGAGGGGCCAGAAGUGAUAGCACCAAGACACACUACACCUCCUGAGGUCUUAACAACACAGACCAACACUAUAUCCGAGAGCCGCUUCCCUUUUGAAACUGCCGCGUCUACAAACAACGAGCGGGGAAAUCCGUCGCUGUCCGAGGAAGAUGGAGAGACACCUGAAGACGUGUCGGAAAGCGAAGACGCCGAAGAAGAGUUCUCAGAAAGCGAGACACCAGCCGUGCCUGUUCCUGAAGAUCCAACUCUGGAAGACCGUACUAAGGAGGAGGACGCAUUGGAGGCUUCCCCACUGACGACUGAGAUUACACUGGAUGAGGGUCCCGGGGAGGAGCCCUUGGUGUUAGCAACCGAGGCCUCGGUACGGCAGAGCGAACAGCCUGACUCACUGGGAGAGGAACGAGCAGAAGAAGCCGCUAACUUAGGCUUUGCAGAUGAAAGUAUUUCCCCGAUUGAGGUAUCUGAGGAUCUCCAUGAACAGACUGCGGAGGAGACGGUGUUGGAGAUCAGAUCUCCUGUGGAGGAGUCCGUGGAGGAGGCUGAAAGCCAGGGGACCGAGACCCAGGAGGACGUUGAUCUUUCUGAUGAGGGGUCUGGUGAAGAUGCUUCAAUGUUGGCCCAGAGGUCCACACAUGAGUGUUCUCUGUCAGGAUCUGACAUAAUCGAUCUAGUUGCGGAAGAUCAGUCGGACGAGGAAGAAUCAAGAAUGCUGGCUCAAGAAGAGGAAGUGAUGUCAGGAUUUUCCCAGGAUGAGCCCACUGUUGGUGAUGUUGAAGAAAACCUAGAAGAGGAAUGUCCUGAGGAAAUGGGGUCAGAGGUACAUCUAGAUCACCUUACAAUGGGAGUCCUUGUCAUCCCAACUGUUACCAGUGACCUGGAAGAAGUUCUGUCUGAAUUUGAAGAAGUGGGAUCAGAUGCAGAUUCAGAUCACCUCACAGUGGACAACUCACUGGGAAACCAAGAAGAAACACGUUCAGAAAAGGAACUUUCACAGUCAGAUCUGCAUGAAAACCCCUCAGCUGAAAACAUUACAGAUGGUGGGGUAGAGCAAGAAAAUCUAGAACAAGGCACAAUAUCACAUCAAAAUGAGUCUGUAAAUAGUAUUGGUGAUGAUCAGGAAGUAGGGGAGUGUAUAGAAGAGGAAGUGACAUCCUCACUGCAACAUCAGACAUCAGAAGACAGUUUUGGUGAUGACCAGAAAGAAGAGUAUAUAGAAGAAGAAUAUACUAAAGAGGAAGUGAUCUCAUCACUGCAACAUCAGACAUCAGAAGACAGUAUAGGUGAUGACCAGAAAGAAGAGUAUAUAGAUGAAGAAUAUACUAAAGAGGAAGUGAUGUCAUCACUGCAACUUCAGACAUCAGAAGACAGUAUAGGUGAUGACCAGGAAGAAGCGGAGAAUACUGAAGAAUAUCCUAAAGAGGAAGUGAUGUCAUCACUGCAACAUCACACAUCAGAAGACAGCAUAGGUGAUGACCAGAAAGAAGAGUAUAUAGAAGAAGAAUAUACUAAAGAGGAAGUGAUGUCAUCACUGCAUCAUCAGACAUCAGGAAAUAGUAUAGGUGAUGACCAGGAAGAAGAGGAGUAUAUAGAAGAAGAAUAUACUAAAGAGGAAGUGAUGUUAUCACUGCAACAUCAGACAUCAGAAGACAGUAUUGUUGAUGACCAGGAAGAAGAGCAGUAUACGGAAGAAGAAUACACUAAAGAGGAAGUGAUGUCAUCACUGCAACAUCAGACAUCAGAAGACAGUAUUGGUGAUGACCAGGAAGAAGAGCAGUAUACGGAAGAAGAAUACACUAAAGAGGAAGUGAUGUCAUCGCUGCAACAUCAGCCACCAGGAGAGUAUAUUGAAGGACAGAGUGCUCAAGGGGCGGAAAAAGAGGUCGGGUCUGACCAGGAUGUGGAAAUAUCUCCUUCUGUAGAGAGUGAGGGUCUCCUGGAGGAGGAAGACCAGACAAAGAUCAUCCAGGAUGUUGAGAUCUCAGAGGAGACAGAGACAGUGAUUUUGCCCCCCACCGACAUGGCCUUAUCAUCCCAGUCCUUUGAGGAAGGGGGAGAAUCAGAGAACGGUCUUGUUGUGGGUGAAGUAUUUAAUGCAGAAGUUACUUCCACAGUGGAGGUAGAGACAGAAUCGACCUCUUCGAUGCCCAAGACAGAGAUUGUCGCAGUGGCAGAGCCCGAGGGAGUGUGGACUGAUGGGCAAACAGUGGAUGGAGACUCCAGUCUGGUGGAAGGCGUUGAACCAAGUUCAGAAGCUGAGAAGGUGGAGUUGGAAAGCACAGGACACGCCAACAUUUCUGCCACACCAAGUGCUGAGGGGACGCUGGUGCCGGCUGCUGAACACCUGCAAAUAGGUGAGCUCUCACCGGCCCGGGAUGAAUUUGGAGAUGCAGAGGUUGUCGAGGUGCUGGAAGGGGCAGUUAGUACCACAGAGGUAGCAACAGAACCCACAGACACCCAGGGCGGCGUGGAGACGGCUGGGGCCACUGGUGGGGAAACAGGUGAAGUCACUGCACAUGUGCAAGAAGCCACGGUUCCAACUCCUCGGAACAAACUGAGGAAAAGUAAAAAGGGCUCCACCAAAAGUCCCAAAAGUCCAACGAGUCCUUCUCGCAGGUGCAGUCAACAGUGAGAGCUUUGCAGAAAAUGUCCUCAGAAGUAUUGCUUCUGUACUUGUCCGGGGGUUUCUAUUAUCGAGAUUCUUGUCUGUUGGUAUUUUGGUUUAUUUGCUUUUUUUAUGACAAAGUUAGAGGCUUAGGUAUAAGAUUAACAAAAUGCUUUAUUGGUAAAUGCUUAGAUGCUGAACAUGUUUGUACAUGUCCUUGUGGUGCGUGGAAUACAUUUAAAAGCCUCUUCUGUGCUUUUUUACAUGAUCAAUUGUAGAUGUUGUUGAUAUUUAUACUGCAUUUACAGAAUAAAUGCCAAAAUGUCAGUGGUA